GAAUCAGAGCUCCGCAGGAUCUGAACGGAAGACAUGGCUCCUUUAUCACGUUGGUUGGCCGCAGUGGUUCUGCUGAUUGGUUUUGCAGCAGCCCAUGAAAUCAAAGGAGGAAGAAAGCACUUCCACUGCACCAAAGAAGGGCGGUUCGGGGACCCCGAAGACUGUGGAAGCUUUAUUGACUGCAUUCCCGACAAGAAAGGGGGGCUCCUCGGUCGCUACGGUUCCUGUCGAGGUCGGGCAUUCGACGCCGAAGCGAAGAGAUGCGUCGACCUUCGGAAAGCUAACGGAUGCAAACCUCGUACUGCAAGGUCCCUCAACUCGGACCUUUCGCUGUCCCAUGUAUGUGAGGGCACCGAGGCCGGGUUCAUUUGCGCCGACUGCAAGACUCUGGUGAACUGUGUCAAUGGUAUCGCCUACCCAGAGCCGUGUGGUCAGGGGGACUUCUGCGCAACAAACCUUGUUGACUUUGGAGGCGACGUCUGUUACCCAGACAAACCAGAGGAGUGCAUGUGCGAGAAGCCGCAUUCGUUCAAGAGGGACCCUUACGAAACGGGACGCUUCUUAUUCUGCGAGAAAGAGGCUUCCGACCCGGUGAUCUACCAGUGCCCGGACGACCACUACUUCAACUCGACGAUCAGCCAGUGCGUCAACACCAUGGGACUUCCAGACUGCGAAAAGAUCGGCGUCUUUGCCGUUCCUGCCGACUGCAGCGUUUACUACACUUGCAUCUUCACUACCACCGGCUGGGUACAGAAACCGUUUUCGUGUAACGAAGGACUCAUGUACAACGAGAACAACGGUCACUGCGAAAACCCCUGCAACUGGGACGACGGAAAAUUCGCCUGCAGCAAAGAGGGACGAUUUGCCGAUCCUCUCAAUUGCAACCGUUACUACGACUGCGUGGCAGAUGAGUCAGACGACGGCUUCCGACAAACUCUGCACGAAUGCCCAGAGGAAUACGUUUGGGACUCGAGCGCUAACUACGGAUACGGCCACUGCGUCCUUGAAGGAUCCAGCCAGACACCUUGCCUCCCCCACAUGCCUGAGAAAUGUAGGAUUCCUAAUGGUUACUGCGCUUCCGAGGUUGAUGGAACCAAUGUCGACGAAACUGGGGACGAUGUGACCAAGAGUCCUUCUAUACAAGGUCUUGUAACUGAGGAGGGUGAAGGUCUCAUACCUGGCUUCUCAACAGACGUGUCAGUUUAAAUCAUAUGAGAAGAAACCCCUUGAGGUUCUGCUGAAGGAUGGGGUGCUUUGUUAUUUAAUGUGAUAGUUGCUUGUUAUUUAUUUUGCUUUAGAAAUACAUACUCUUUGGCUUUA